GCUAUUAAGUCAAUUUAAAGACCGAAAGGGGGAGUUCCUAGAGUCACCACUAUCGGUCAGGUUCCCCCGCUGUGGUCCAGAGUGUAGUGAAAAUGAGCGGCAGGAAGAGCGGCGCUCCCUGGUUGUGGCUAGCCGUGUUCUUCGGGAGCGCGCUCGAGGCCGUGGCGCUGGGCUCGCGCGCGGUGUGGCGGAACGGCUCGGCGGUGCUCGUGCCGGACUACAUGCUCAACCUGUACAGGACGCAGUCAGCGCUCGAGCGCACGAGCAGCUACGGGAGCGCGACGCGCACGAGGAGACGCGCCAACACAGUCACCAGCUUCGUGGACCAGAGCAAAGAUGAGCCAUCAGCUGAGUCCCACCAGCAGUAUGUAUUUGACCUUUCGGGUCUCUCGAGAACAGAAGAACUAGUGGAGGCUGAGCUGCGGGUGUUGCGGAAGGUUCCAUCUGAUUUGGAGAAAUUACGGUCCUCUAAAGGAAACCUAUACCACCUGCUCCUUUAUAGCUGCUCCUCUACGGGCUCGUCAGGCAAGCCUCUACUGCUCACUUCUAAAACCAUCAACAUUCUGGAUACCACCUUGAGCACUUGGGAUGUGUUCAACAUUGGAACUACUCUGAGAGUCCACCAUAGGGUGCACAGGACAACUCAAGACAGCAGACAUGCGUGUUUCAGCAUAGCUGUUGUCUCAGUCUUAACUAACGAGGUGGUCUCUCCUGCUUUUUUUGGUUUGGGUACUAAGGGGCAGCACAGGAGUGAGAGGGCUUUGCUUGUAGCCUUUUCCCGCACUCGCAGGAAAGAGAAUCUGUUCAGAGAGAUCCGUGAAAAGAUGAAAGCCAUGCACAUGCUUAAUCGGAGCUCUGAGGGUCGUGCUAGACCCAGGCCCCGCCAGAAGAGGAGGACCGCAUUAGCAGGCCGCUCUGGAGGGGCAGGGACAGCAGGGGGAGGAGGAACAAUUGCAGCAGGUGGAACAGGCGGAGGUGGCAAAGGAGGUGGCAGGAGGAGGACUCGCUGCAGCCGCAAACCUCUCCAUGUCAACUUUAAAGAGCUGGGAUGGGAUGACUGGAUCAUUGCACCACUGGACUACGAUGCAUACCACUGCGAAGGUGCAUGUGACUUCCCACUGCGCUCGCACCUCGAACCCACCAACCAUGCCAUCAUCCAGACGCUCAUGAACUCAAUGGAUCCAGAGUCAACACCGCCCAGCUGCUGUGUGCCUUCCAAGCUCAGCCCUAUUAGCAUCCUGUACAUUGACGCUGGAAAUAAUGUGGUGUAUAAGCAGUAUGAGGACAUGGUGGUGGAGAGCUGUGGCUGCAGGUAGCAGCAUGCAAUUGGGCUGGACUACAGCCCUUGAUUUGAAACCUAAAAAAAAAAAAAGAGCCAAAAUGCAGCACUGCCAGCCUCACUGAAAUGAGCAUUAGUGCAAAAAUAUUUUAGCAAUCACUACAAUGGAUAAGUGUAUUCGCACAUGCAUGUGGUGUAGUGGACACCAAGAGACAAGAGGUUGUGCUCAACAGGGCAUUUUUAUCAGUGUCUGUAAAAAUGGGCUGAAAACCCAGUGGGUAAAAAUGCAGAACAGCUCUCUAUGCAAGAUACUAAAUUCUCCAACAAAAUAAACACCUCCUUAAUCAGGAAAAAAGUAAGACCAGAAAUUCCAGAAAUAACACUACAUCCUGAUAAUGUAAACGGAAUGAUGGAGCACUCAAGCCUGCUCACAGUGACUGAGAAAAUGUUGAACUGUUCUGAAUUCCCAAGUCUGUCAGAGAUUCCAUGCAAGUCUAAGAGCGGAAGUGCUGUGUCUGACAGUCAGCUAAAGCUGAAGAAAACAUUCAUAAGAAUUUUUAUAAAAUAUUUAAAACUAUAAACACGAGAAAGAAAAAAGUGACCUAAAUCACUGACAGCAAUGCUUGUCUGAGUGUUGGAGGUUUUGACUUUUUUCUGUACGGCGCAAUGUGUUAUUCCAGUUGGAGCAUGGGUUGUUUUUAUAAUCAAGAGACUCGUUGGGUGAUUUAUUGAGUAUGACAGUUCUGAAUUUUAUAUUAAGGUAACCCACACACAGCUGAUGCUCCCAUGAGGUGACAUCUCGCUUCCUUUUCUCAGCAUAAUGUAUAAGUGUUUGACUGGCCCACAGAAGGAAAGUCACAAAGCAUACGUUGCUAGGAACGUCAGUCAUUAUUUGUUCCAGUCAAAAUCCUAAUCACGUCAAGUAGUUUAAGAAUUGUGUUUAACCAAACUCAUUACAAAAGAAAUAAGCUUUUCGGACACCCCACUUGGCAUCUGUGGGACGAGAUACAAUAACUGUGUUAUUCAUGAUGUCCAUAUGUGUAAGAGGUAAAUGACUUCACUCAACCUCGGGACCUGGGGAAAAAAAGAGGUUCGAGAGCCAGAGUCGAAAUGAUUCUUGGCAUUGUGCACUUCUGUGUGACAACCCUUUCGAACUUCAUGUGUAGGUCGGUUUGCUUUUCCUUGUCUCUGCUGUCCUUAUUUUCAAUUUAUUUUAAAAUAAACAUUCCCAUCAAGCACAGUCUUCUGGAUGCAGCUUCACAUUUUACACCUGGAAUCACGACAGAUGAAUUAGCCUAUUAAAUUCGGUUCAAAUUAUUCAACACCUAAUUCUGUAAUCCCUGUGAUACAUAUAACUUUAAAUUAUAUAUAUAUAUAUAUAUAUAUAUAUAGACACUGGAAUAUUGUAAUGCAUAAGAAAAGCAAUAUGUUAAUGGUUGCAUUAUAAACCACAGCAUUUCAGCAUAAAUAGACAGUCAGAAAAGAUGCAGCCAUUAAAUAACUGUCGUGUGCCUUAUGAUCGGUCUGACCCAGUGAGCUCAGUGUUAUGCGAGUUCUGCUGGUUUUGAUAACAGUGUUGUUUUAUUCCAUUUUUAUGUAAGUAAAGACAAUUUGUUUUGUCAGGAUGAAAAAACAUUUUGGUUGACAUUUAUCAGGGUUUUUAAGGAUAAUGAAAGGAACAGAGGCACAUAGUGAGGAAGCAUUGUGAGCCGUGAGUAUACUUAUUGAAUAUACAUAUAUAUGAAUAAUCUAUUGUUAAUAAAUUCUGUAAAAGAGUGACAUCAGAUCUCCUUAAUGCAUA